AUGAAUAAAGAGCUGAGAAAAUACAAACGUGAGAUGAGUGAUGAGUUUUCCAGUUUACGAAAAGAAGUAAGGGAGUUGAUGGGGAAAGUGGUUCUAAAACCAGCUGAGAAGAUCUUCAUUGGUAACCUGAUCCACUCAAUAACUGCAAGCUGGACCACGCGAUGUAGGUUCGCAGUCCAAGCUGGAGAAGAUGUCAACGCUGACCCAACCAUACUUCCUGGCUAUGAUUUCGUUGUAGAUGGUUGCUAUAACACCAGCGGGACGACCCGUGAGAGGUCAAGCAUCGAAGAUAUAGAUCGUUUCGUGGCGUACAAUAAUAAAAUCGAAAAACAAGCUAUUCCCUUUAUUUUACAUGGUAAAAGCGUCUCAACUGAUCUCAGGACGUUUUGCCUUGCUAAAGGAUGCAUCACAGUUGCAGAUUGGGUGACCUCAUUCGAGACCUCAGAAGCCCCGCUUGCGACAAAUGUUCUCUCUAAUAUAUUCAUAGUGGAAAGAACAAUUAGGAUGGUCGUUGAGAGAUAUGGCUGGAAAUAUGUUGGAUUAUUCUACGAUGAUAGGCCAGAUGUAAUUGAACGGCUGAAAGAUGAUCUUGAAGCAAGUGGCGUAGAGGUGGAUGUAUUUGAUAGAGAUGGGGUUGCAGAAACUGAUUGGGCUUCAAUAAAGGAAAGUGGUCUGAGGAUAUUUAUUACCGUCCUCUCUGGCUCCAUUCAACCUAAAUUCCUAUGUGAGUUAUACAAAAACAAUAUUAUGGGAGAGAAGUAUAUGCUCAUUCAUUACCUAAGACCCAAGCCUAACUAUUCAAAUGGUCAAAUUGCUAGUAGCAACUGUACGAGGGAACAGAUUGAUGAAGUGAUGAAGGGCGCCAUGCAUAUUACAAUGUCUCCCGAGUUCUACUUUGAGGGUGGCAAUGCUGAUCUGACCGAACCCAAACAUUUCAGAAAUAACAAGACAUACCUCGAUGUAUUAUCUGAUAUUGGAGAAGUAAUACCACCUGGUAAAAAGCCAAUUGAAUUUGCAGGCGCUGCUUAUGACGCAGUAUGGGCAUUUGCCAUUGCACUGAGAGCAACAUUUGACGCUGAAGGAGUAGUUCCUGGAGAAGCAAAUACUUUUCUCAAAACCAAAGAAGGGAUAGAGAAACUAUUUGCUAAUCUCAUGGCGGUUGACUUUGUUGGAGUCACGGGCCACUAUACAUACAAUGAAACUGGAUUACGUAACUUUUACGGCUACAUCGGUACACUGGAAGCUGAUGGUGUCUUGAUUGAGGGUGUUGGAAAAUACGAUGCAAAAACGGAUGUGCUGUCCUCAUUCAAUGAGUCCCUGAUUUGGAAGUAUAAAGGAGGGAAACCAGUUUCGGAUGGGCGUCCGUAA